AAGGGAAUUAAUCUUAAAAAUAGAGAACAAAAAAUGGCAAAAUUUAUAGUAAUCACUUUUUUCACAUUAUUUGUGAUAUUCACAUCCUAUUUUGUAAAUGUGAGUUCUUCUGAAUCUCAUGGCACCAAAUCACCACCAACAUGGGCAAAGACUGAACCCCAUCAUGGUGGUCACGAGCGUAAAACUGUCCUACAAUUCUACUUCCACGACGUAAUGACCGGCGAAUCCCCGACCGUCGCGUUGAUCGCUCAACCGAUUGGUGGCAACAACUCAGCCAUGAGCUUCGGCAGUUUGUUUAUGGCGGAUGAUCCACUUACCGUUAGCCCUGACCCGAACUCGUACCUUGUUGGUCGGGCACAAGGUUUGUAUGGGGCAGCCUCUCAAAAGGGUGUGAACUUGAUCAUGGGUUUGAAUUAUGGAUUUGUUGAUGGGAUCUAUAAUGGGAGUUCCGUAGUCAUUUUUGGACGGAACUCGGUCACGAAUCGUGUGAGGGAGUUUCCGGUUGUCGGCGGGACCGGGGUUUUCCGGAUGGCUCGUGGAUAUGCCGUGGCUGAAACCUAUUUCAUUAAUCAUACUUCUCGGAAUGCUAUUGUUGGAUACAAUGUUACCAUUUUCCACCUUUAAUUUGGAAAUGUUUCAUGCAUAUAUAAUUCAACUUUGUGUUUAGUGACGUAUUCCCCACGUUUCGAUUUAAUGAUAACCCUUUAUAUAUUACGCUUGCUAAUAUAAAAGUUUGAACAUUAAUAUCUCUAA